AUGAAAUAUCUGAGUGACGAUUGGUUCGCGCUUGGUGCCAACUACUACAGGAGGCUCACGCUCUACAAACUUGCUUUGAAUGAGUCAAUAAACUUCAAUGAUUUUCUUAUUGCUAUUGGUGGUCGUGGUGGUCUUAUUGCCUUUCUUCAGUGCCCUAGGCAGACUGGAAAAUCCCUCCUCAUUAUCACUUCAGCAGCAGGACACACGGUUGCAGAGACCUUGUGGAAAGACGCUCCUCCUGUUGCUGUUGCGUGGUCCGAGUCGGAAGAAAUAGUUGUCGUCCAAAAAUCGGGCUAUGCGACCAUGCUUAACUUGAGCGGUGUCUUUAAUCGUCGGUUCAGUUUUGGGAAAGAAGCAGAAAAUACACAAAUAAUUGAUGCCAAGUUCUUUUCUUUUGAAGGACAUACUGCAGUAGCUGCUGUGACUGGAAGCUCACAAAUCCUUGUGGCUACUAGCGUGGAACGGCCACGGAUCUUGGCGAUUUCGUGCGAAAUCCCCCUUGCGAAUAGAGCCUUUGUUUGGCAAGUAGUUUCUUCUGUGACGAUGGGGAACUUGGACGCUUUCAAAGGACCCUGGAUACUGCUGGCUGUGGACAAGGAGGUCCAUUGUAUGGGCGUGGGAAAGGCAGUGAAGGCCGAGUUUCCAAACUACCCGUCCCAGAACCUCUUUUCUGCCUUUCACAAAUUGGCUAUUGCUCCCAAUGAAGCCUUAGUGGCCUUCUACUUGGACAGCAGCGUUCUACGGGUGACUUCUUUGGGAAAAGACCUGGAAGUUCAGUUAGAGCUGGACUUUUCCGAACGCGUUGUAGCUCUUGGUGGCAAGAACUCCAACAUUGCAUCCCUCCCCUCCGACAUGGUCUGGCUAGACAAUAGUACUGUGGGGCUGCAAUGGAAGAAUUUUGUCGUCAUCGUUGAUAUGGAGAAAAAUGUUUACGAGUUCUUUUACCCAUCUUAUGUGCGGAUCCAAGCAGAAGUAGACGGUCUUCGAGUGUUAACCCCAGCCAGUCAUGAACUGAUCCAACGAGUGCCCCAGGAACUGGAGUCUCUUGGGCGCAUUGGGGCCUCGUGCCCAGCGGUCCUUCUACUCUUCGCGUAUCGUGAGUGGGAGGCGGGUUCGGGUCGGGCCCACGACUUUCUUCGAUCGAUUCAUUCCGCCGAGAAGAUGCAUGCUGCCAUUUCCGACUGCCUCGUCGCUGCUGGACACUGCGCCCUCGCCUCCACCGAAACCCAAAAAACCCUCCUAGCGGCAGCACAAUUCGGUCGUGGAUUUUUUUCUGUGAUGUUGGCCGCUCCCGGUGUCUGUGCGAACGGUGUCGACUCAAAGAUGUUAGAUAACUUGUCUGAAAAAACAGUUCAAGUAACUACCACCCUGCGCUUACUGAAUAACAUUUCAGUCGACUGGGUGGGGAUGGCCCUCACUUGGAAGCAGUUUGAGUCCCUUGGUCCCUUGGCAUUACUGAAUCGACUACUUGCGAGGAAGCAUUAUCCUCUUGCUGUAGAGCUGGUUCGCGUCUAUCAGAAGAUGCCCCUUAACAACCCCGAAUAUAGACAGAUCAAAACCACAGGCAUGACUCGCAUUCUCUGUCAUUGGGUUAAAUGCCUUCCUCCUCAAUCGUUUCAACCUACCGAUCCUAAUAAUCCCGUAAUGCGUCGAACGUCUGAAAUAAUCAGUCGGUGUGGCAGUGCUGGGGGACUCUCCUUCGCUGAAGUUGCCGAAACCGCUAUCCAGUGUAACCAGUUGGCCCUGGCGGAAUACCUGCUAGAUCUUGAGCCACGCGUUUCCGCUCAGAUCCCCUUGCUAAUGCGGCUGAAAAAGUACUCUCUUGCUUUGGGUCGCGCCGUGGAGUCUGGAGACACGGAUCUCCUGCUCCUGGGGGUGCUCCGGCCGCUUCAGGAGGGCGAAGCACGCAUGGAGCCGACAGCUCUGAGCCUCUUAUUGCGACAGCAUCCAAUAGCAUUGGCGCUCUAUCGCCAGCACCUCGAGGAGGGACCAUUCACGAAGCAGCCCAAAGGCAAAUUGGCCUCACAGACACUGGCCGUGCUACAGCAGGAGGAUGAUCCCGUCUUAGCAAUAAAGAAAGAAGUUAUAGGCGCAUUCGCCUCGAAGGUAACCUCACGCCUUUUAUGA